AUGACAUUGGAGCCGUUUACCAAAGAGCAAGUGAAUUAUUUUAAAUUUGCCAAUAUUGUAGUAAAUGAGUUCCCCAAGGCUCUACGGCAAAGUUUUGAACACUUGUGGAACACCACCUACGGCCAAAAACCUGGGUAUCGGAUUUGGGAUGAUUCUGAGGAAGUACGUAAAAUGUUUCUCCAUGAAGAAGGUGGCACCACAGAUGUACCUACAGGCCUUUCUUAUACUGAAUGGGACUGUUCCAACCUGUUUCGUGCCACUAUUUUUUCUCAGUCAUUCUCUGAAGAGGACAGUACAGGUUGGAAGACGUCACUGAGUGAAAAGUAUAUAAAGUCUCGACCUCAUCGAUUAGCCGAGGAUGAACUCCUUACAUCCGGAAAAUCCGGUAGCAGUGUUACUAAACCAUUUUCAAUAGCGAUUAAUCAACUGCGAACUCUAAGAAAUACCCUUUUACACCUACCCAAAGCCGAAAUUGACACAAAAGAGUUUGAAACAUACAUAAAACUUUCUGAGGAGGCAUUUGGUAUCCUUAACGUUGCAACAGCGUCGAUUAGGGACAUUAGCAGUUACUCUGAAGACGAUUUUCCAACGGAGAGGGCACGCAAGAUUAAAGAGGACAUAAUGAAUGACAUGCGGGCGGAACUUAAGUUUCUCGCAGAAGAAGAGCUAGGAAGAAGUGGAAAACUAAUGAAAAUGUGGAACUUGCAAUUGGGGAGGAUGAAACGAACUGAAGGAUUGUUGAAAAGAAUGCUGGCAACUUUAAAGGAAAGAAAGGAAGGGCUUCACCAGCUUCUUGAACUCAUCGAAUCAGGUAAGAGAUUGCUUGUGAACAAGAGUCAUUUUGGCUUCUAAGUGGAAGUUAAACAAUAUUAUUGAAAAAUUUGUUUCACUUAGCCCCUAAUUUGGGCAUAUCCCUCCAAGAAAUUGAUUACCCUGUGUAACUCGUGUGCAAAGAGCAGGGUGGAGAAGGGGUAAGCAGUCACUUUGCCUCUAGGAAGACUCGCCACCAGAGUGUAAUCGAUUUCGCCACCAAAAAUUUGAUUAAAUACUCGUCGUCGUUAAUAUGCUCGUUGUUGUUAUGGGGUAAAAAAAUAACAGGAUCUUCUUGUGAUCUCUCGAAAUACUCGUUUUGUCGACAAAAAACUGCAUGCGAUCGAUAACAUUUCUUAUUUAUCUUGCCGUUCGUCUGAUUAAAAAGUUACAGUCUUGAUCACUUUGUUUGCUUGAACUUUCUAGAUAUUUACAGGUAGGAAGAAGUCCUACCUGGAAAUAAUUUAACAAUAUGAAAAUAUGCAUUUAUCGCUGAAUUUUCUAUAAAUAGCGUUUAAAACUAUGAAGGAAAAAGAUAACGUCUUCCCAAAGCCCGUAAUAGUCUCCCGGCUGUGCAAAACACCAAGAGGAGCGAGGGCUCAUAGGAUAAAAUGGCGACUCAUCUUUUUCAAGACAAUUACAAGAUUCUGAAUCAGGAACAUAAAUCGGAAGGUGUCUUCCCAUCACAAUGCCCGUGGAACUAGCAUUAGAAAGGAAAUAGCGAAUCGGAAUACUUGCGCCUUUGAAUAUAUAGCAGUUUACGGGACAUCUGAAACUACUGAAAGAAAAUUACCAUACCUUUUGAGUUCAUUUUAAAAUUGCAUCUAGCUCUAAUUGAACGCCCCUUAAAUUACAAGAUCCAGGACACUCUACCUCUGGUUUAUUUAUUACAUUUCUCUUAAUUUCAAAAUUGAAUGUGGAGCAAUGUUAUUAACUAAAAAGGGAAUUCUUGAUUGGAAGUUUGCUUCACAUCCAACCGAAAACGCUAUCAUGAAUUUAGCCGCGACUUGUCAUAAUGAUUAAAUGACUGGAGAAUUCUUGAGUAGUGCACUUAUCAUUUUUUUCCUUUUUAGGGUUAAGGCUUUUGAGCGACUAUGCUGUGCAACCGUCUUUGAGAUACCAGGUUAAACAACUGCGUGAUGACGUAAAUGCUAAAUUGGAAAAAGUCAGACCCUCACUGGUGUCAGUUGCCAGUGUUCUAGAGGACAAUAAGAAGCUUGACCAACAGCCCAUAGAGGGCGGAACUAAAUUGCCUGAAGAUGCCUCAAGUGAGAGUCUAGGUAAAUAACAUAUAAAAGUUAUUAUUUUUUCUUUCUAUUGAGACCGAUAAGAGAAUAGGAGAAGUUAAAACAGCUUUAACAAAUUUGUACAGUCAUCAUAAACUCGUUUGAUUCACGAUCGAAGAAACCAGCGCCUAUUGGAGCCUACAUGCAUUAUUUCUGAAAGUACUGUUAAUUUUCUUUACCCACGCUACUAACAGAUGAUCGUGUAACAAGAUAAACUGGUUUCAUGAUCUGAGUCGAAAAUGUAAAUUGGCCAACGUUUCUGAGCUGACGUUUUGAGCUUUAGCCCUUUGUCAGAGAGCAUGAAGUAACUCCCCCACAGACGCCACAACACAGUUUCUUUAUAAACUCUGUUAGCUCCGUUUAUUCAGAUGAUCAUGCAGUCUGAGGGUGAGGGCAGUCCUUUCAGGACUGUUUUCUGAACGACAGUGACUGAAGAAUCGGCAAAUAUUAUAACGUAUAUUCGUAGCAUGGCAGACGAGAAUUGAAUAGCCUCUUGGAUUGAAACGUCCAGGAGGGCAAUAGCAAUUGUAAAGCUAGGGUAAAAUUUUAUCAUUUUGAUGGACUGGCAAACAAGAUGUUGAAUUUGUUUUGAUAGAAACAAGCCUUUUCCGUUUGAGGAUUGAUGAAGUAAAGGAUUCAACUUCACUUGAAAAGGUUACUAGUGUUCUGAAGGACAAACAACAGACUGAGAAACAGAGUGAAGACGAAAGUGAAUCGUUUGAGGAAACGCUCAGUGGGAACCAAGGUAACUUAUCGUCCUUCAAUAUAACAAUAACAUUCAAACGCAGACAAUAUCAGAUUUUUUUCUUUCUCAAGAAAGUAUAAGACUAACUGGAAGACUCGUUUAAUUUUCAUGGCAAUGGAAAGCUAUCCUACGUGCGAGGGUGCCGAGGCUAAGAUAUUCAUGUGUAGAGCUACAAAUCUAAACUAACACCGUUAACCGUGUUAAAAUUGUCUUUGCUUCAUCAACACAGUAUAGAAUUUCAAUACACUCAUAACAAAAAUAUUUGCAAAUGCAAAAUAGUAGCCUUCAAAGAAUGAAAAAAAACUAGAUAUCUAAGAAACGAAGCUUUCAUUUGGACAAGAGAACAUGGCCUCUUAAGAAAUAUAAAAGUGUCGAAAGAGCAACAUAUGCAUUAAUCUCAAGCUCGAUCGCUGAUCUAAAUAACUUUUUUUUUUGAGCGGUUCUAACUUGUUAGGAUCAAAAUGCAAAGAUUUGAUAUUUUUAAAAUCGUUAACUUUUCUUGGUUAUUCAUGAAUAUGGAUGGAUGAUAUACAGUGGAAACUGUAUCAAGCAGCACCAUAUUAAGCGGUCACCCGGUAUGUAUUAAGAUGGAUUAAAACGUUCAAAAGGGAUAUAGCAAUUGUAGAGUCAGGGUAGUAUUUUAUCAUUUUGAUGGACCGACAAACAAUUUGUUCAUUUCAUUCCGACAGCAACAAGUCCUUCCACGAUUGAUAAAGGAAAGGAUUCAACUUUACAUGAAGAGGUUAUUAGUGUUCCAAUGGACAAAAAACAGACUGAGAAACAGAGUGGAGAAGAUGAAAGUGAAUCGUUUGAAGAAACGCUCAGCGUGGGUCCAGGUAACGUAUCCUCCUUCGAAAUAACAGGAACAUUCAAACGUACACAAGAUCUUGUUUAUUUUACUUGAGGAAGUACAAGACUAAUUGGAAGACUUAUAAAUUUCUGAGGCAAUGGAAAGCUAUCCUACGCGAGGGAGUGCCAAGGCUAAGAAGAUAUGCAUGUGUAGAGCUACACAUCUAAACAAACAACAAGAUCGUGUUAAAAGUGUCUUUGCUUCAUCACCACAGUAGAGGAUUUCAAUGCACUCAUUACAAAAAUAUUUGUAAAUGCAAAAUAGUAGCCUUCCAAGAAUGAAAAAAACCUUAGAUAUCUAAGAAACGAAAGUCGAAAGGUCGAAAGAGCAAACCGGCAUGCAGCGUGCAAUUGUGUAAUCAGUAGUCUGCCUCAAGUCAAUGAUGUAAUCAUUACGCCAAAUUAUUUAGUUGACAAUCGGAAACAAAUUGCGCUGGGACAUAUUCACGAAGCACAUUUUAUCAGCCUUUAG